ACCUUUCUUUCUUUGUUAUUUUUUUAUUUCUCUGCUCAACGCACAUCACAUUCACCGCUAUCAAAGGGGCACUGUGCUUGUCCAAAAAAUCCCACAUUCCUCGCUCGCUGUAGCUGCAAUUCUAAGCUCAACGGAAAAAACAAAUCAAAACGAAACAAGAAACUUGCAAAAGCCCAACCAAGAUGAGAACAUGACGACGCCGUUUCAGCAGCAACCACAAACCGUGAGAAGACUGGUGGUUGAAGUAGUCGACGCGCGCAACCUCCUCCCCAAAGAUGGACAGGGAAGCUCCAGCGCUUACGUCGUUGCGGACUUCGACGGGCAGAGGAAACGAACCACCACCCGGUUCAAGGACCUGAACCCGGUCUGGAACGAGUCCCUUGAGUUCAUCGUUUCCGACCCAGAUAACAUGGAGUACGAAGAGCUUGACAUCGAGGUCUACAACGACAAGAAGUACGGCAACGGAAGCGGCAGAAAGAACCACUUCCUCGGCAGGGUCAAGCUCUACGGAACACAAUUCUCCAAGAGAGGAGAAGAAGCUCUCGUUUACUUCACACUGGAGAAGAAGAGCGUGUUCAGUUGGAUAAGAGGCGAAAUUGGCCUCAAAAUUUAUUACUACGAUGAGUUGAUGGUUGAGGAUCAAGGGCCACCGCCGCCGACGCCACCUCCGCAAAAGGAGGAGGGUCAAGAGCAAGAGCAUAACCACCCACCGGAGGGUCCAGGACAUAUUGAGCAUUGCGUUCCUCCUCCUUCGCCCUGUGUUGUGAUUAUGGAACCAUCUCCGCCGCCGGUGGUUCAAGUUCAGCAGGAUCAUCCGCCGUUGCCGGAAAUGUGUGAUCCUCCGGCACCGGAAAUGCAGUACCAUCCGGAGAUGAGGAAAAUGCAGGCCAACAGAGGGGAGAGAGUGAGGAUUUUGAAGAGGCCUAGCGGUGAUUACUCUCCGAAAGAUAUUCCCAGCAAGCGUGCCGGCGUUGAAUCUGAGAGGGUUCAUCCUUUCGAUCUGGUUGAGCCCAUGCAGUAUCUGUUCGUGAGAAUCGUGAAAGCUCGCGGGCUUGCUCCUAACGAUAGCCCUUUCGUGAAGGUUCGAACGUCCAGUCACUAUGUGAGAUCAAAGCCUGCGAGUUACCGUCCCAACGAGCCCAACGACUCGCCGGAGUGGAACCAGGUUUUUGCGCUGGGUCACAACAAGAACGAUGCAAGUGGAGCUACACUGGAGAUUUCGGUUUGGGAAUCCCAAACGGAGCAUUUUCUCGGCGGCGUUUGCUUCGAUCUUUCCGACGUGCCUGUGCGAGACCCUCCAGACAGCCCCUUGGCGCCGCAAUGGUACCGCCUCGAAGGAGGCGCCGCCGAUGGAAGAGUUUCCGGCGAUAUUCAGCUCUCCGUGUGGAUCGGCACGCAAUCCGACGACGCCUUCCCGGAAGCAUGGAGCUCCGAUGCACCGUACGUGGCACACACGCGCUCUAAGGUUUACCAGUCACCGAAGCUAUGGUACUUGCGCGUGACGAUAAUCGAAGCUCAAGACCUUAACAUCACUCCGAAUUUGCCGCCGUUGACAGCGCCCGAAAUACGAGCGAAGGUGCAAUUAGGGUUCCAAUCGCAGCGAACAAGGCGAGGGUCGAUGAACCACCGCAGCUUAUCAUUUCACUGGAACGAGGACCUUCUCUUCGUCGCCGGGGAGCCUCUAGAAGAUUCCGUCAUCCUUCUGAUGGAAGAUCGCACGACCAAGGAAGCGGUGCUCCUAGGCCACGUGGUGAUUCCUCUGAGCUCAGUCGAGCAACGAAUUGACGAACGACACGUGGUAGCUAAAUGGUUCCCUCUGGAGGGCGGGUCCUACUGCGGCCGAAUCCACCUGCGCCUCUGCCUGGAGGGCGGUUAUCACGUGCUGGACGAAGCGGCGCACGUGUGCAGCGACUUCCGCCCCACGGCGAAACAAUUGUGGAAACCAGCCAUCGGAAUUUUGGAACUGGGCAUCCUCGGCGCUCGCGGCCUCCUCCCUAUGAAAUCCAAAGGCGGUGGAAAGACCAACACAGAUGCUUACUGUGUUGCCAAAUAUGGUAAAAAGUGGGUCCGAACACGCACAGUAACAGACAGCUUCGAUCCACGCUGGAACGAGCAGUACACGUGGCAGGUCUACGACCCCUGUACGGUCUUGACCAUUGGAGUAUUUGACAACUGGCGCAUGUUCGCUGACGUGGCAGAUGACCAACCCGAUUGUCGUGUUGGUAAAGUACGCAUACGUGUCUCCACUUUGGAGAGUAACAAGGUAUACACCAAUUCAUAUCCACUGCUAAUGCUAAUGCGAACCGGGUUGAAGAAGAUGGGUGAAAUCGAGUUGGCGGUUCGGUUCGCGUGUCCCUCGUUGUUGCUGGACACGUCAGCGGUUUAUGGCCAGCCUCUGCUUCCACGAAUGCAUUAUCUCCGCCCUCUCGGGGUGGCACAGCAGGAGGCUCUGCGCGGCGCUGCCACGAAGAUGGUGGCACAGUGGCUGGCGCGGUCGGAGCCGCCGUUGGGACACGAGGUGGUUCGUUACAUGUUGGAUGCGGACUCACACGCUUGGAGCAUGAGAAAGAGCAAGGCCAAUUGGUUCAGAAUUGUGGCGGUGUUGGCUUGGGCUGUAGGAUUGGCAAAGUGGUUAGAUGAAAUCAGAAGGUGGAAGAAUCCCAUGACCACUGUACUGUUACAUAUUCUCUAUUUAGUUCUUGUUUGGUAUCCGGAUUUGAUUGUCCCCACUGGGUUCUUAUACGUGGUUAUGAUUGGGAUAUGGUAUUACCGGUUUAGACCCAAGAUACCGGCUGGAAUGGAUACUCGGUUGUCGCAGGCCGAAGCAGUUGACCCGGAUGAGUUAGAUGAAGAAUUUGAUACAAUGCCAAGUUCAAAGCCACCCGAUGUAAUUCGGGUUCGGUAUGACAGGUUAAGGAUGUUGGCUGCACGAGUUCAAACGGUGUUGGGUGAUUUUGCAACACAGGGAGAAAGGGUUCAAGCUUUGGUGAGUUGGAGAGAUCCCAGGGCCACCAAGUUGUUCAUAGGAAUAUGUCUUGCAAUCACUAUAAUAUUGUAUUCGGUGCCGCCAAAAAUGGUGGCUGUGGCCUUAGGAUUUUAUUACCUGCGCCACCCAAUGUUUCGGAAUCCUAUGCCGUCGGCCAGCUUGAAUUUUUUCCGGCGACUUCCCAGCUUAACUGAUCGUUUGAUGUAGAUUAUUCAAAUUCAAAGACUAGGUUUUUCUCUUCUUUUUUUUUGUUUUAUAUAUAUUUUUUUAAGUGAUAAUUCUUUAGGGAUGAAAAUAUAUUUUGCUCUAUUAUGGGAGAAUAGGGAUGAUGGUGAUGAAUCAGUUUGGAUGAGGAAAGGAACAAACAGUUGUUUUAGUGUUUGAAAAAGCUGUCAUGAAUAACAUUGUAAGGAGUGAAAAAAGGACGGGAAAGUGGGUAGUUGUCAUAAUGUUCUUUUGUUGUAAUCAAAUUGAUUGACAGUGGGUACUGCUCAAAACUCGAAAUAAGAGAAAGGUGGAACGUAGGGGGUGAAGGUGGGAGGCAAGAGACAACAAAC